UGGAGCCCAGAUUUUCUUUGUUCCGCAGCCAUUUCAGGCCCCGGAGGGGAGGCAACGCCGCUUCGGCAGAGGGCCCGAGCGCCGGAGGCCUCUGGGAUGGUGUGGGACCGGCAAACCAAGAUGGAGUAUGAGUGGAAACCUGACGAGCAAGGGCUUCAGCAAAUCCUGCAGCUGCUGAAGGAGUCCCAGUCCCCCGACACCACCAUCCAGAGAACCGUGCAACAAAAACUGGAACAACUCAAUCAAUAUCCAGACUUUAACAACUACCUGAUUUUUGUUCUUACAAAAUUAAAAUCUGAAGAUGAACCCACAAGAUCUUUGAGUGGUCUAAUUUUGAAGAAUAACGUGAAAGCACACUUUCAGAACUUCCCAAAUGGUGUAACAGACUUUAUUAAGAGUGAAUGUUUAAACAAUAUCGGUGACUCCUCUCCUUUGAUUAGAGCUACUGUAGGUAUUUUGAUUACAACUAUAGCCUCCAAGGGAGAAUUGCAGAAUUGGCCUGACCUCUUACCAAAACUCUGUAGCCUGUUGGAUUCUGAAGAUUACAACACUUGUGAAGGAGCAUUUGGUGCCCUUCAGAAGAUUUGUGAAGAUUCUGCUGAGAUUUUAGAUAGUGAUGUUUUAGAUCGUCCUCUCAACAUCAUGAUUCCUAAAUUUUUACAGUUCUUCAAGCACAGUAGUCCAAAAAUAAGGUCUCAUGCUGUUGCCUGUGUCAAUCAGUUUAUCAUCAGUAGAACUCAAGCUCUGAUGUUGCAUAUUGAUUCCUUUAUUGAGAAUCUCUUUGCAUUGGCUGGUGAUGAAGAACCAGAGGUACGGAAAAAUGUGUGCCGGGCACUUGUGAUGUUGCUUGAAGUUCGAAUGGAUCGCCUGCUUCCUCACAUGCAUAAUAUAGUUGAGUACAUGCUGCAGAGGACCCAAGAUCAAGAUGAAAAUGUGGCUUUAGAAGCCUGCGAAUUUUGGCUCACUUUGGCUGAGCAGCCAAUAUGCAAAGAUGUACUCAUGAGGCAUCUUCCCAAGUUGAUUCCUGUGUUAGUGAAUGGCAUGAAGUACUCAGAUAUAGAUAUCAUCCUACUUAAGGGUGAUGUUGAAGAAGAUGAAACAAUUCCUGAUAGUGAACAGGACAUAAGGCCACGUUUUCAUCGAUCAAGGACAGUGGCUCAGCAGCAUGAUGAAGAUGGAAUUGAAGAGGAAGAUGAUGAUGACGAUGAAAUUGAUGAUGAUGAUACAAUUUCUGACUGGAAUCUAAGAAAAUGUUCUGCGGCUGCCCUAGAUGUUCUUGCAAAUGUGUAUCGUGAUGAGCUUUUGCCACAUAUUUUGCCCCUUUUGAAAGAAUUACUUUUUCAUCAUGAAUGGGUUGUUAAAGAAUCAGGCAUAUUGGUUUUAGGAGCAAUUGCUGAAGGUUGCAUGCAGGGCAUGAUUCCGUACCUACCUGAGCUCAUUCCUCACCUUAUUCAGUGCCUCUCUGAUAAAAAGGCUCUUGUGCGUUCCAUAACGUGCUGGACUCUUAGCCGCUAUGCACACUGGGUAGUCAGCCAGCCCCCAGACACGUACCUGAAGCCAUUAAUGACAGAACUGCUAAAGCGUAUCCUGGAUAGCAACAAAAGAGUACAAGAAGCUGCCUGCAGAUCAGCAGAAUAUAUUCAGAUGCUAAUGCCUCCACUGAUCCAGAAAUGGAACAUGUUAAAGGAUGAAGAUAAAGAUCUCUUCCCUUUACUUGAGUGCCUAUCUUCAGUUGCCACAGCCCUGCAGUCUGGCUUCCUUCCAUACUGUGAACCUGUGUAUCAGCGUUGUGUAAACCUAGUACAGAAGACUCUUGCACAAGCAAUGCUGAACAAUGCUCAACCAGAUCAGUAUGAGGCUCCAGAUAAAGAUUUUAUGAUCGUGGCUCUUGACUUACUCAGUGGCCUGGCUGAAGGACUUGGAGGCAACAUUGAGCAGCUAGUAGCCCGAAGUAACAUUCUAACACUAAUGUAUCAGUGCAUGCAGGAUAAAAUGCCAGAGGUUCGACAGAGUUCCUUCGCCCUGUUAGGUGAUCUGACAAAAGCUUGCUUUCAGCAUGUUAAGCCUUGUAUAGCUGAUUUCAUGCCAAUAUUGGGAACCAACCUAAAUCCAGAGUUCAUUUCAGUCUGCAAUAAUGCUACAUGGGCAAUUGGAGAAAUCUCCAUUCAAAUGGGUAUAGAGAUGCAGCCUUAUAUUCCUAUGGUGUUGCACCAGCUUGUAGAAAUCAUUAACAGACCCAACACACCAAAGACGUUGUUAGAGAAUACAGCAAUAACAAUUGGUCGUCUUGGUUACGUUUGUCCUCAAGAGGUGGCCCCCAUGCUACAGCAGUUUAUAAGACCCUGGUGCACCUCUCUGAGAAACAUAAGGGACAAUGAGGAAAAGGAUUCAGCAUUUCGUGGGAUUUGUACCAUGAUCAGUGUGAAUCCCAGUGGAGUAAUCCAAGAUUUUAUAUUUUUUUGUGAUGCUGUUGCCUCAUGGAUUAAUCCAAAAGAUGAUCUGCGAGACAUGUUCUGUAAGAUCCUUCAUGGAUUUAAAAAUCAAGUUGGGGAUGAAAAUUGGAGGCGUUUCUCUGACCAGUUUCCGCUUCCCUUAAAAGAGCGUCUUGCAGCUUUUUAUGGUGUUUAACGUCAUACACUUAAGCUGCAGUCCCAUAAUUAGGGGUCCUUCAGUCUUGGAGACUAUGAGGGAGCCUCUGCACCCAGGGAAAAUGUUACCCUUUACAGGGGGGAAGGGUAAACCAGUAGGGAAUACAGUACAAUCCCAACCCUACUGGGAGGGGCGGGAGGGAGGUGUUGCCGUCACUGUAUUAAGUCGCUGUUGGGAAACGUUUUAACAUCUGGAGCCUUUGUGGGUGGAAAUCUGUCUCCAAUUACAACUCUGCACUGGAUGUGAAGAAGCAAAAAAAAAAAAAAAAGAAAAAGCUAUUCAAUCUACUCACAAAACAGUACAUUCUGGAAUAUUAUGGGGAAUUGUACCAAAACAAGAACCAUAUAAAUGAUGCAUAGGGAUGAGAAAGAGGAAAAAUUCUAUAGCGCACAAUAAAGGAAACCUAAGAAUGAGGAUUAGAAGACAGUAAGUUUUGAGGGUUUUUUUUUUUUUUAUUAUUUAAAGGUUUUUAUAAAAUUUCCCACAUUGAUGGGGACUUGUUUUUGCAUGCUGAUGAAGAACUACACAAAUGAAAGCUAAUAAGAGUUAAAAUCAGCUUGCCUACCCAUAAUAGUAGAAGCAGGUUCUUGGAAGUUACAAUUUAAGGUACCCCAAAAAGUUGGAAAUAAAACAAAACAAAUAUAAACAAUGAAGCACCCUGUGAAAUGCCAAAUGAGUCACUCCUUUUACCUUUGUGGGGUGGGCAGGGAGGGAGGAAUAAAUGGGGUUGGACAUAUCAAACUAAAGAUUGACAUCUUGAUUUUGCAUUAAGACAUUAAUGUAGUGGAUAUAAUUUGAUGGUUGUACUUCAUUAGAUUUAAUUUCUAGGCCAAGAUGUUAUUUUUAAAGUGCAGUUUAAGGUUCAGGCAUGCAUUCUGGCUCAUAGUGAUUGAAAGUACUUUAAAUUAGUGGGAGAGUAGCAUGCUUGCAUCACAUAGAGUGAGAUUGGUAUUCAGUUACCUCUGUUGCGCCAGUUUGUGUUGCAGUUUACCAGUUCAAUAUAGCCCUGCAUUUAAAAUUCCUUUUUAAGAUUUGUGGAUUUUAUUUUUAUUAAGAAUAUAGAUAUAAAGUACUGUAGUUUACAGCUAGGCCUUGAAAUAUCUUUUUUAGGAUCUGUUAGGAAUAAGAUUGAUAUUGUAUUGUGUGUAACCUGCACAAUGUGGAAAGCUGAUAUACCUGUGCAAAAUCUUUGCCUCUGUGCUGUCAGUGUGAUGUGCUUUCUGCAUGGUUAUAUACUACUAGUGAUUUUAUCAAAACUUCUAAAACUUAAAUUACAUGGUAAAGGAUCUGUAAGAGGCUGCAUAAAUGUUAGUUGGCACAUAAAGACAAUUGUAGAAGUUGAAGACAUGAUUGCUAUAUUUCAAUGUUUAUUCCCACUCAACAUAUUGCCUUCUAAGCUUUCUUUUUUUGUUCAAAGCAUGAUCUUAAAGAUAUGUUUAAGUUAAUGGAUGUAAUGCAGGGUUCCUACACUGUAUUGGCGCAUGUUGGUGGCCCUCUGUGCCCUAGAUAUAUGCACACAGGGUGCAAGUAAAAAGCUACAGAGUGAAAGUUGGUUUGGAUCCUCUUCAUUUCAUUUGUUUAGCUUUUCUGUUAUUUUUCUCUACUUACAUGUAUUCCUGUGAAUAAAUCCUUGUUAAGUUAACCCUUUA